AUGUGUGUCAGUACGGAACACAGAAAAUGUGAAAGUGUUGAUGCUAUAAAGAAAACUGCUGAGACUCUCAGAGAGAUUCUUAGUCAUAAUUUCGACAGCCUGUCUGAAGACAUACAUAUUCUUGAAAACAAAUUAGUAGAUGCAAAGAAGGAACAAGAAAGGUUCGUUACAGAAAUGGAUGAUAAAGCAGACCAGAUUACAGAGAAUACCACGAGAGAAUUUCGGGUUGCUAUCGAUCACUUGCAGCAUCUGCAAAAUGAGUAUCUAACAAAAAUGGCUACCGCUGUAAAGAGAAAUAAAGAAAAAUACGAAAAAUGCAUAGACACGCUAUCAGAUGGAAUUCAAUGCACAGAUUACUGUUACAGAAAUAUUGAGGAUUGUAGAAAAAGUCAGGAUGACAUCGAUAUGGUUGUGAAGUACUAUAAAAGCAGAAAAAUAUUUGAACAACUCAAAAAUUACGAAUUUACACAAAUACGCAUAGGGCUUAAGGAAGGAAAGGAUCCUAUUUUGGAAGAUAUCAUGGAUCUUGAAAGUUUUCCUGAUGCAGUAUUUUCAGAGUCCCUAUUUGAUGUCAAGUCUGAUCUGAGAAGAGUUGAGUUAUCUUUAUUAAAUCAUUUUAGCAUUGAUGCAGGCUGCGUACGUGAUGGUACGUUUUUAUCAAAUGGAGAGUUCGUUCUAUCAUGGCUGUCGACAAAAAGGCGGGGUUGUAAAAGGAGCAACAAUGGUAAAUGCUUCUUUUAUAACAAAGUGUUUGCGUGCACAAGAUCCAUUGACUUGUCUUCAGAACCUUUCGGUCUGUGUGAAAAGGCACGAGAAUUAUUAGUGGCAUGCCACGGUUCAAGAUCCAUUGAAAGGGUAUCACUUUACUCUUAUUCCAAAUCAUCAAAUAUGAUAUUCACCAGUCUUCACAAAAACUUUGGAAUAGCAAAGAAGGAUGCUUACUUAUACUGUGCAUGCAAUGACAAAAUCGUGAAGAUAAACGAGUAUGAAAGAUUAAUGAAAGAGUACAGUGUAGAGACUGGCGUGAAGCACAUCGUCGCCACGAAAAACCACAUUAUAUACAGUAACAGAAAAAAACACGUCGUAACAGCGAUUACAGAUGGAGGUCAAACCGCGUGGACAUACGACAGUCCACAUCUUAAAUCUCCGUGUGGCCUUGAUACGGACUCUGAUGGUAAUAUCUAUGUCGCUGGUAAAUCCAGUGACAAUGUCCAUGUGUUGUCCGGUGAAGGCAAAUUAAUUCGACUUUUUGAGGACAUUCCGAGACCAGACUUUAUGAAAAUAAACAAAGCGAGAAAUACAUGUUGCGUGUGUAGCAAUCGAAAACACAUCAAAGUGUACCAAUUCAAAUAA